UUAGUAUUUAAGACAAACAGCCUUUUAAAAUCCUUCAAUACCGCCAUCCUAUAUCCAGACAAAAAGACAGAUCAUCGCCCAUCAAUAAAAAUACUUAUCAUGGCAGCGGCCACCGGAGCAUGUUUUCCCGCAACCAUAUUUACAUCGUCGCCGGUGGUCCGUUCAUGCCUACCAUCAUCAUCGUCUUCUUCUUCGUACGCAAAACAGAAAAUGAAUCGGCGAUUUGCAGUUAGUACCGAGCAAAUAUCAACAUCAUCUACGGGGACGAGUAGUUUAGCUGAGAAUGGGAGAUUGGAGAUGAAGAAGCAGUUAAAAGGAGAAGAAAGUGAAAGAGAGGAAAUAGUAAAAGAGAAAAUAAAUCCGUAUCUUCUGGAGUUAGCAGAACCGGAAAUAGUGAAAUAUAGCAACGGCUGGAAGGAUUUUUUUGAACAGUCUAAAGAUUUUAUUAGGUCGGAGGACGGUGGUGGUGGUGGUCCGCCACGGUGGUUUUCUCCGUUGGAGUGUGGUUCGCGAUUGGAGAAUUCUCCUCUGCUUCUUUAUUUACCUGGGAUUGAUGGUGUUGGGUUAGGACUUGUUACACAACAUUAUAGUCUUGGAAAGAUUUUCGACAUAUGGUGCUUGCAUUUGCCAGUCAAGGAUAGAACACCAUUUAUAGGCUUAGUGAAGCUGAUUGAAGAAACAGUUAGAUCAGAGAACAGCCGUUCACCUAAUAGACCAAUAUAUCUUGUUGGGGAAUCUCUGGGAGCAUGCCUAGCACUAGCUAUUGCAGCUCGUAACCCUGAUGUUGAUCUUGCAUUACUCUUGGCUAAUCCAGGAACGUCUUUUAAUAAGUCGCAGUUGGAAUCUCUAAUACCUUUGUUGGAUAUUAUACCGGAUCAACUCCUGCUUGGUCUUCCUUAUCUGCUGAAUUUGAUGACAGGUGAUCCUUUGAAGGUGGUGAUGGCUAAUGUGACAAAGCCUGUUCCUCUACAACAGACAAUUGGAGGGCUAUCCCAUGAUGUCACUAUACUGUCAUCUUACCUCUCAGUUCUUGGUGAUGUCUUACCUAGAGAAACACUUCUUUGGAAGUUACAGUUGCUUAAAUCCGCCUCAGCAUAUGCAAAUUCUCGCCUCCAUGCUGUAAAGGCUCAAACUCUUAUACUUUGCAGUGGCAAAGAUCAGCUGCUACCAAGUCAAGAGGAAGGUCAGAGACUUCAUAAUGCACUGCCUAACUCUCAGAAUCGUUGGUUCCAGGAUAGCAGCCAUUUCCUCUUCUUGGAAAAUGAAGUUGAUUUAGUGACUAUCAUAAAGGGUACUAGUUUCUAUCGCCGAGGUGCACGCCACGACUAUAUUUCCGAUUACAUACAACCUUCCCCUCCUGAAUUCAAAAGGAUAUAUGAUUCAAACAGGUUCAUUGUGCAUGCUACAAGCCCUGUGAUGCUCUCAACUUUAGAAGAUGGGAAGAUAGUCAGGGGUCUUGCAGGAGUUCCUUCAGAAGGACCUGUCUUAUAUGUUGGCUAUCACAUGCUACUUGGAUUUGAAUUAACUCCAAUGGUUACCCAAUUUUUACUGGAAAGAAAUAUUCUUUUGAGAGGAAUAGCACAUCCAUCCAUGUUUAGGAGAUUGAAAGAAGGGUUGCUUCCUUCUAUGUCAGAGUUUGACACAUUCAGAAUAAUGGGUGCAGUUCCUGUUUCAGGAUCCAUUUUCUACAAACUUCUAUCCUCAAAGGCUCAUGUGCUGUUGUACCCAGGAGGAGUGCGUGAAGCCUGUCAUCGGAAGGGUGAAGAAUACAAGUUAUUUUGGCCAGAACAGUCAGAGUUUGUCAGGAUGGCAGCUAGGUUCGGAGCCAAAAUUGUGCCAUUUGGUGUUGUUGGAGAAGAUGAUUUUUUUGAAGUUUUUUUCGACUAUGAUGACCAAAUGAAGGUUCCUUUCCUUAGGGAUUACAUAAAGGAAAUAGCAGAGCAAUCUAAGAGUGUGAGAACUGAAUCAAAUGGGGAGGUGAAUAACCAAGAUAUGCACCUUCCAGGUGUCCUACCAAAAUUUCCAGGCAGAUUUUAUUAUUAUUUUGGGAAACCAAUUCAAACAGAAGGCAGGAAGGAGUUAAGAGACAGGGAGAAAGCCCAGGAAUUAUAUUUGCAAGUGAAGUCCGAGGUGGAGAAUUGCCUUGCUUUUUUGAAGGAGAAAAGAGAAAAUGAUCCUUACAGGAACCUGUUCACUCGACUAGCUUACCAGGCUACGCAUGGCUUAACUGCUGAAGUUCCAACUUUUGAACUUUGAUUCUUCUGCAGAAUGAAGGUUGGCUGAUUUCAUCGGAAUGUUCAAAUAAGGUCAAAAUUCUUUCUGCACAUUGAUGUCCCUUUGCAGCAGCCUCGCAGCUUAUUGAACUGUGGAUCCUCCGCCUUCAAUGGAUAAAGGACCCAGAAACUCUGGUUCUCAAUUAGACGAUAGAUCAAGUCAUCUGUAAUAUUUAGGGCUUCACCAACAUUUAGUCAAUUCAUAUGAAUAAGAACUGUAUAAAGUUAUGUGAUUUUAAUAUCCAUGUCACCACCAGGAUUCAUUUUCAUUGCUUUGUUAAUAAAAAUUGUAUCAUAGAAAAUGUCUAUUCUAAUA